CUCAUAUCUCACUUAGCAUCCAUUUAUUAAAGAGUCACAAAGUCCACCUUCAGGUAGAAUAUACCCAUAGCAUUUUGUUCGAUCACCUUCAUCCAAUAUGGCUACGCCUGCUCUCACAAUCCAGAACAAUGGUGCCCGUCUUCAACGCGAAGUCUCGCGCAGUCUCUCCUUCUCAACCUCUCCCAACGACUCUUUUAAUUCGCGCCGAUUCUCCACCAGCAUUGAAGGCACAUCACCUACCCUACGCCGCAACACAACACAGGGUACACCGAAGCAUCUAAAACCAUUCAGGGAGGAGGAUAUCAAGAUUCUUCUGCUUGAAAAUGUCAACCAGACAGGCAAGGACAUCUUGACAAAUCAAGGCUAUCAGGUCGAAUCCUUGAAAAGCUCGCUACCUGAGGACCAGCUUAUCGAGAAGAUCAAGGACGUCCAUGUUUUGGGGAUCCGCUCAAAAACCAAACUCUCCGCCCGUGUCCUCUCCCACGCAAAGAACCUCAUUGUCGUGGGCUGUUUCUGCAUCGGUACCAACCAAGUCGACUUGGCAUAUGCGGCCACACAUGGCAUCUGUGUUUUCAAUUCGCCCUUCUCCAAUUCACGCUCCGUCGCCGAACUCGUCAUCGGGGAGAUCAUUGCUCUAGCGCGUCAGAUGACAGAUCGAAGCAGCGAGUUGCACGCAGGAACAUGGAAUAAAGUCUCAAAUAAGUGUUGGGAAAUCCGUGGCAAAACACUGGGCAUAAUCGGAUAUGGACACAUAGGCUCGCAGCUCUCAGUCCUGGCGGAGAGCAUGGGCAUGAACGUCAUUUACCAUGAUGUGGUCAAUUUGAUGGCCAUGGGAUCAGCACGACAGAUUCCCACACUUGAUGGCCUUUUGGAGCGGGCCGAUUUUGUGACGUGCCACGUACCCGAGCUACCCGAGACGAAGAACCUAAUCGGAGCGCCUCAACUUGAAGCCAUGAAGCAAGGAUCCUACCUGAUCAAUGCCUCGCGGGGAUCUGUGGUUGACAUCCCAGCCUUGAUCGCGGCUAUGCGCACCGGGAAAAUUGCAGGUGCUGCCUUGGAUGUCUACCCCCAAGAACCGGCUGGCAAUGGCGACUACUUCACCAACGACCUCAACCCCUGGGCGACAGACCUCCGCAACCUCAAGAACAUUAUCCUUACACCCCACAUCGGCGGCUCGACCGAGGAGGCGCAGUCCGCCAUCGGUAUUGAAGUUGCCGAGGCCUUGGUCCGCUAUGUCAACGAAGGUGUCACUGUUGGCGCAGUCAACAUGCCCGAAGUCACCCUCAGAAGUCUCACCAUGGACGAACCCGACCACGCUCGUGUCAUCUUCAUCCAUCACAACGUGCCUGGUGUCCUGAGACGUGUCAACGAGAUCCUUGGCGACCACAACGUUGACAAACAGAUGUCCGAUUCAAGAGGUGACAUUGCCUACCUUAUGGCGGAUAUUAGUAAUGUGCGUGAGAGUGAGGUUGCCCAGCUCUAUCGCGAGUUGGAAGGGUUGAAGGAGAAGGUCGUCACCAGGAUUUUGUACUAGAGCCAAAGCCACCGACGGACGACGUGGCGAUGAGACGCUAGGCACAAUGAUGCACGAAUCUUAGCAACGUCGGCCGGAUACUUGGUUUUGGAAAAGCAUAAAAGGGCCAGGAAAUAGACCGAGAAAUUCAACAGCCGGCUACAGCCCUCGAGAGUUGGCAGACUCUAUUAAUAUCCAGGUUCACAAAAAUUCAUGGGCGAGGGUUUCAACAAGUCAAAGGCAUUGGUCCCCGUAUCAUAUAUGCAGGAGUUGUGGAGAAAGAAAGCUCCUUAGUAAGGUACCAGUCUUUUAAAACAUCAAGACCCGGCGUGAGGG